GGUGUACCCCACGAGAAAUGAACGCGCGUAGAAGACCCAUCACUCUUCUGCUAUCAAGAACGGGAAGCUAGUAAAACCGCCUUGAGCUCACCGGGUCUCCCGCAGGAAGCUUAUAGAGCAGCCCCGGUCCCUAGAUAUACAGUGAAAAGAGCUUGGUGAUCAUUCUCUCUUCCAAUAAAAACACCCUAGAAAUCACAGAGAUCAUGGACAUGCAGAGUGAAUUCGAUAGGAUACUCUUCUUCGAGCACGCUCGCAAGACCGCCGAGGCUACCUACGUUAAGGACCCUCUCGAUGCGGAGAAUCUAACGAGGUGGGGAGGUGCUCUGCUGGAGUUGUCUCAAUUUCAGAAUGUUCCAGAUUCCAAAAAAAUGAUACUAGAUGGCAUAUCAAAGCUGGAGGAAGCAUUGGUGGUUCAGCCAAAGAAACAUGAAACUCUUUGGUGCCUAGGAAAUGCUCAUACUUCUUUUGCAUUUUUAACCCCUGAUCAGGAUGAGGCUAAGGAGUCUUUUGAAAAAGCAUCUGUCUUCUUUCAGCAAGCUGUUGAUGAGGAUCCAGAGAAUGAAAUAUAUCGCAAGUCCUUAGAAGUGACUGCUAAGGCUCCAGAAUUACACAUGGAGAUUCAUAAGCACGGUUUAGCUCAACAGGCUAUGGGGGCUGCACCUGCUUCUGGACCUUCAACUUCAUCAAGUGCUAAGGGUUCAAAGAAGAAGAACAAAAGCAGUGAUCUCAAGUAUGACAUAGGUGGGUGGAUAAUUCUAGCUGUUGGCAUUGUUGCUUGGAUUGGAUUUGCAAAAUCUCAAAUGCUUCCACCGCCUCCGCCACCUCCAAGAUAAGCAAGCAAAGUGGUUCAUUUCUCGGAACUGUCCGACGGAGCUUUUGGAUGGUCUGUGAACAUGUGAGAAACAUAGGGUGUUUCAUUGUUAGUUGAUUUUGACCUUGUGUUUUUCAGUGUAAACUGAUAGCUAAAGCUUAGGGGUUACCUUCAAUAUGAAAUAUCAACUUUUGCCUGGCGACAGGUUUUAAGGAGCUGGUUUUUUGAAUGUGCUGCAUGUCAGUGCAUAAGCCGUUGGCUUCAA